AGUUAAAAUGCAGUUCUAAUGCAAGAUGUAUACGAUGAAAUAAGCGCUAACGCGCUUAUGUGCGUUCUGCAAAAGUCGUAUAACGACCUUUACAAGUCACUAUUUGACCAAUAUGCGCAACAACGUCUACUCUUGUUGCCCGUUGCGCAUAUUUUGGUAAAUGUGCAUAUAUCACGUGACUUUGUAGAAUGCCAUAUUUUGCGCGAGACUGAAAUACCGAACCAUUAUGUCAACCUCAAGGGUCAGGUGGUAGAAAUAACUGACAGGAAGGUAAUUACCGGCUUUGGCUUCAAGAAUCACAUAUCCGCUAACAUCAUUCGGGAUGACAAGGUCCAUGACUUGGAUUCCGGGGUUAAAGUCUGCGUGAUAGAUGACUACUUGAUGCACGAGGAACCCAGUUGUAAAGAUAUUUUCAUACUUGACUUGAGUGACCCUGGGCACGUAGUUGAGAGCUGGUGCCAGGAUAGUUCUGCGUUCAAUGGAUUACUAUACAGUGCACUUGAUAGGAUUAAACAAAGCUUUGUGAUGGUACCGGGUUAUGAAAAUGAAUUCUGCAGCAUCCUGUGUUCGCACGUAGAUCGCGCUGUCGAGGCUUAUUUGAAGGAUAGGGAUGAAGAGCUCAAGAGUUCAAAAAACGGCAUGUGCGAGGUGACGCUAAACUUUGCGUUCAAUUAUCUUAAUGAACAUUUAAUGACCCAUCUAAGACGCACCUACCAAAAGCCAGAGGAUAUGCUGCAAGGCAACAUUCUGAAGCUUCGUAAGGAGAUGAACCUGAACUCGACACUAAAUCUACUGGAUGGUAAGCGUCAGGUUAACAACUAUAACCUUGCUCCAUCAUGUGAGGCCUUGAAAUUAAUCUCACUUACAUCAUGGCCUCAAGAGAAACUUAAGCACCUAGCAACGGCAUUGCAAUUUAAUCAGUAUGAUUCACGUGAAGAAUCUAUAUCGGUGUUUAUAUUGACACUGGUUGCCGGUGGGCUUCCAGAUGCUAUCGCAAACUACGCGCUUUUGGAUAUGUACGCUGCUGCAAAGUUCUGCAGACACAAGAUAAACACGCAACAUUUGGACACCUUCAAGGAAAGUUUGCAAUUUCUGCUAGACCAGGUCUAGUGAAAACUCUAUAAGGUGACAACA